GUGGCUGUUGGGUUGGUCGGGACCAACACUGCCCCCCCUUCCCUUCCGUCAUCAGCCCAGCCGGGUGAUCUGUCUCAGAAGUGAUCUUUCGAAAGGAACAGAAAGCUUCCUUCACCUUACGUUUGCACAUUUCGUCUCAUUCCAGCCCCAGCAGCCAUCUACCCUACUUAGGAAUACCUUUUGCCAGGGAGAGCAGCGCCGAGUUGCAAGCGCACUCGAGCAAACGUUGGCAAAAUUUAUUCAAGAUGUUGCGGAAAAAGGAAAGCUUCACCGUCAUCACGCCGAUCCCCGGCUUCAUCCCCCGCCAACUGGCCAUUGAUAUUCUCCAUUCGCACUCGGAGGUCAUUACCCUCAAUCCCCUUGUGUUGGGCCACAAGCCCAUUCAGGCUCCGCGCGAUGCCCAAGCCGACGAGUUCUACUGUACUUGGUACGAGAUCACGGAGCGCAUUCAGUAUAUCCCCGGAAUUGGCAAGAUGGGAUCCGGUACCAUCAAAUUCAAUGGAUGCUUUCACGACAUGCCGUGGGGCCUGCAGACGCACAUCUACGCUCCCAUGAACGUUGAUCUGCGGAACAAGUACCGCAUUGCUGGCAAUCAACCUGGAGUCGAGCCGCCCGAGCAACCCGAGAUUGGUUUGAAGAGCCUUGGCGCGCCCGCUGACGGUCUUUACCUGCGGGAGGACAUUGAUAUCAAGUGCAACGUGACCGUCGUCGGCUUUGUCAAGGCGCAGAUGCAGAAGGCGGGGAAAGAGGUGGUAUCCAGGAUGAUCAAGAAGGCCGAAUUGCUGGACGCCGGCGUACUCCACGCCAUGGUAGAGGGCGGGAUGCUGAAGACUAUUAACCCUCUCGACCGCUCCAAUACCAUCAAGUCGCCUUUGCCGUCUCCCACUUCAUUUUUCCAACCUCCAGGGACCCCACAGAUGGCUCAGCAAGGAGUGCCCUACCAGGUCCUUCGCCCGCAGUCUUACCAGGCCCCUUAUUCUGCCCACCCUGAUCACCAACAGCAACAGGCGUCGUUCGGCCACGGACGUGCGUCGGUCUCUCUGGGAAAUUCUCAGCAGUUCACCGCGGAGCUUCCGGGCGACUCCUACCAUUCCCAGUCAUCGCCCGGACCCCCAUCACAGCACUCGAAUCGCGACUCCGACAUGUCUGGUCUAUCAAACCCCUUGGGCGUCUCGCCUGACCCUUCCCAGCCUGCACGGUGGUCGUCCGCGGAUUACCAGAGUCAAUCCAGGUCUCGGCCGACCUCGUAUUCUUCCGACACAACCGGAGCCGGUGGCGGUUUUCGAUCGCCUGCCCUUGACCACAAGGGAUUCGCCUCGGAAUUGGCAACCCACAGUGAGACUUAUGAAGAGCACCGUGACGAGCACCGCGACGAGGCAUUACACAAGCUUGACCCACGCAUCCCGCAGCAACAUUCGCAAUUCGCUCCUUACAACCCCCAGGACUAUGCCAAGGUCGGGCACAACACCCAACCCCACCCAUACUCGAGCUACGGCUCGGGCUACGACCAACAAGGGCGGAGAUAUAGCUAGGCGCAGCACGGGUUUUGAUGGGGUUUGAUCAGUCAAAAUAGCAGCAGGCGAGUGUCGGAAGCGGGAGGCCAAAGGAUAGCAUAGGGAAGGUGUUUGGGCGUCCUCAGGUAUUGGUGCUAGUUAUGGACCGGGGAAUUGGGCGGAAACGUUUGGUCAGACUUUGAA